AUGGCAGAAACCACCGUUCCUGAUUUCCCUGGACGGAUUUCUUGGAAAAGCGCCCUCUGCCUUAAGAAGAUUGUAACGAAGUUUGAGGAAAUGGAUCUUGUGGAGAAGGUGUACAAUACCCAAUUCCGAUAUAUAGUCUCUGCGCCAGUGUUGCAGUUCUCAGGAACUAUUGAGGAUUAUGAUGAUGAAGAGGAGGGAAGUGAACCUGAGGAUGAACAUGAAGAACCUACUUCCAAACCAAACACCCGGAAGAGAAAGGCUGCGCUUAAUCUCAAAGAAGCCGUAAACCUGAAGAGGAAGCUUGCUUAUGAAUCUAGUCCUGCCCACAUUCCUAGCCCUCCAUCCGCUACUAGUCCUGGAUUACCUCCAACAUCUUCUGUUGGAUGUAAAUGUGAAGAGCUGAAAGAGGAGGUAAAAGCGCUGAAGGAGGAACUCAUCAAAGAGGUGAAGGAGGAGCUCAAAGAGAUGAAAACAGCUUACGAAGAAACUCAAACAAAUCACAAGGCUUAUAUGAAAAAGUUGGUUGUUAGUAUGUGCGAACAGUUAUUAGCCAAAUCCAACCAAAGGAUGGCCACGUUAAUUGUCAAAUUAGAUAGUAUGGAGGAGGAGAGGAAGAAGAAGAAGAAGAAGAGCAAAUUGGAAAAGAAGGGCAAGACUGAGGAUGGGAAGGUGGAGGAGAUGAUAACGAAUGAGAUGGAGAUGACGGAUCGGAAGGUGGAGGAUAAAACUGAGAGUGUUAAUGUGAAGGUGGAGGAUAAAACUAAGAGUGUUAAUGUGAAGGAGGAUGGUGGGGAGAUUGAGACUGAUGUGAAGGUGGAUGGUGGUGAGACUGAGAAUGAUGUAAAGGAGGAUGGUGGGGAGAUUGAGACUGAUGUGAAGGUGGAUGGUGGUGAGACUGAGAAUGAUGUAAAGGUGGAUGGUGGUGAGACUGAGAAUGAUGUAAAGGUUGAGAAGGUUGAGAAGAAAGCCAAGGUUGGGAAGGUUAAACUCAAGGUUGGGAAGGUUGAGAAGAAAGUCAAGGUUGAGAAGGAUGCCACGGAUGGGAAGGAUGAGAACGAUGGGAAGGAUGGGAAGGAUUCGAGGAAUUGGUUGAAAGAUGAAGCUACCAAUGAUGAGACAAAGACUGUGUUUACUUGCGAAGCACGAAAGAAGUUGUUUGUUAGAGUUCUAACAAAGUCCACAUGGCUUAAAGAUCCUGAAAUCGACGCAGUGUGCCACUUGUUGCGCAAAAGGAUUGAGCAAUAUCCCAAGACAUAUAAACAUUGUAAAGUAUCAAUAGGGGAUUGCUUAUUAGCAGAUAUGAUGAGGCGAGAGUACCCGAACUAUAAAAAAGAUCCUGAAAAUUUUCCAAUAUCAGACGUCUUUUCUCAGUACUUCUGGGGAGCGCCUCAUAGACAUAUGCCAGAAUGGCCACACGUAGACGAUAUUUACGUGCCUUUGAACAUUGGCAACAAGCAUUGGGUACUGUGCGUCGUUCGUGUACAAGAUAAUCACAUUGACGUUUAUGACUGCGACUCGAGUAUUUAUAGGAAUCUCGAUCCAUACAUGAGACCUUUGUGUGAGAUGUUUCCACGAAUAUAUGCAAUGGGAGCCAGUGAUGCUGAGCUAAAACGGUAUCCUAAUUUCAAUUUCCAGAAACUGACAUAUAAAAGGUUGCCACACCCAGUCAAAAAUGCAGUCGCCAAAAAUGGGGAAGUCUCUAGAGCAGAAGAAAGUGGGGAUUGUGGUGUAUUUAUGCUUAUGCACAUGGAAUACUUGACUGCUGGUUUAGGUGUAGAGAAGAACUUGACUUGUGCUUAUGUAUUCUGA